GAGCGGAAAACGUCCGCUCUAUGUGACGAUGGAGAUUCUAUGAUUCUUGCACUCGGGAUUUCCCCUUGCAGAAAGAGGUUCGACCAUAGAGAUGGCGGAGGCCGCCCGUGUGUUCGAGGGCCUUCGGCAGGAGCUGGUCACCGCCUUGAUCCGGAAUCCUUCCGAACAAAACGCCGAAUCUUUGCAGCGCCUGGUGGAAGCGCCCUUGCCUCCGGCCCAGAAGUACCUGCAGAUCGACGUCAAGGGCAUUUUGCGAGCCAACGUCAAGGAGCAGUUCCAGGUGGAUCUCCGCAUGAUCUCCACCGCCUUCCAGAUCCUGGAGAAAUACGGGCGUAACCUUCUGCAUCCUCGUAAACCUUAUUUCUGGAGAAUGGUCAAAUUUAACAAUCCGGUUUUCCGGGAUACGGUGGACACUAUCCAGGGCGGACGGGACGUCCUCCGGCUGUACGGCUAUUCGGAACAGAAGGCCGAUGGGCUUUAUUUCCCAGAAUCUCAGCUCGAGCCGGAUAUUCCUCAAGUGGCAUCCGUCACCGUAGACGUCAUGCUCCUUCGUGCGGAGCUGACCCUUGUCCUCUCGGAAACGCACCCCAACCCUAAGCUGUUGCAAGAAUUAAUGGACCAGGGCUUACAGGUCAACAAGCUUGCCGAUGCUGGAUCCCCGAAUCCACUUUUAGCCAUGAUUCACGCAGGAAAUCUGCCACCGGACACCUGCCUCCUUUGUGGUUUAGAAGCCCCGUCGCAGCACUGUGCGGCUUGCAAUCAGAGUUUGUGUCCUAACUGCGAUUGGCUGUUUCAUAAACAUCCUUCUCGGACGCAUCACCAUCGGGUGCCCAUGAAGAACCCUAGCAGAGCGUGGCAGAGCCCCCCACCGCCCCCCAACCCCAGCCUCUCUAGCAUCCCCUCGGAAACGACUUCUCUGCGGCCCCCCAGCCUCCCCCCACUCUCAUCCUCCCACACCAUCCCCAGUCCGCGCCCUCCCUGGCGCUGCGCAGCGUGUCAGAAGAACAAUGACGCCUCCUCCAUCCUCUGCAUAAAUUGCGACCGGCCUCGGGGCUGCAAGACCCCCCAGAACCUCGGCCUGGACGACGAGCUGACCAACCAAGGCCAGCUGGCCAGAGGACGUUGGUCCUGCCAAACCUGCACCUUUCAGAACGAGUCGGCCACCGUCCUGUGUGCCGUGUGUGAGAGGCCGCGCCUAGCUGGGAGACCGGGCACCGGCGACGCCAAGCCCUUGAUAGCCUGGGGGGAGGAGAGUGGACCCCAGCAGGAAGAUGCCCCCAGCUGGCAGUGUGAACACUGCACUUUCCGCAACACCGUCGCCCGACGGAUCUGUGAGAUGUGCAACUGUACCAGCCUGCACGGCGAUCCCCAGCCCUCCCACGCCCGGACCGAGAAGGAGGAGGUGGGCAGGAUGAAGCGGCAGGUGGUGGAAGCCCCCGCGGAGCCCCAGGAUCUGUCGAGAGCCCCGUCCGUCUCGCCCGAGGAGGUGGAGCAACAGAGGCAGGAGAAGCUGCGGGACGACGGGCAGAAGAUGGUGGCCAUGAUCAGGGAGGCGGAAACUGUGGGCGUAGCCCCCGAAAUGGUGGCGGCCGCCUUGUGCUACUCGGGAGCUGAGCUGCCCCUGGCCUGGCUGAAAUCGGAGCUGCCCUGCGUCCUGGAAGGUAUGGCAGAACUGGCCACUCAGCGAGGCGAGGAAGAGCCCGACGGCGGUCUGGGUGCCAUAACGCUCCAGGAAGUCCAAACCGCGUGGGUGGCCAGCCGGGGCGACGUAGAUGACGCCGUCGGCAGAUGCCUCAGUGCCCGUCGGAGCAAGGUGAGAGAGCUGAAGUGCCUGGGCUUCGAAGAGCGGGGCCCUGUAUUACAGGCCCUGUACGAGAACAACGGCGACUUAUGGCGGGCUCUGGUGCAGCUGCAGCGUGCCCGUCUGGCACCUUUCCACCAGCGGCUGUGGGAGAGCGAAGACCCUCCGCUGGACUUCCAGAGCGCCGACCGACAGGCGCUGCUGCGGCGUCUCCUGGCCUCGCUGUCUCUACCCAGCUGGGGCCGGGCCGAGCUGGUGGUCUCGUUGAUGCUCGAGCAGUCGAACGAAGGUUGGGAGCUGUCGGACAUCGUGGAAGCCGUCAAGGCCUCCCCGAACCGCGACUUCAUCAAACGCUUGCUCAGCUGGGAGUGCGCCGUCUGCAGCCUGGCCUUGCCGCGGAACAAGAUGCAGUCACUAACGUCGUGCGAGUGUACGAUUUGCCCCGAGUGUUUUGCUUUGCACUUCACCAUCGCCGUAAAAGAGAAACACAUCACGGAUUUGGUGUGUCCAGCUUGCUCCGAGCCGGAAAUCAGCGACGAGACCGAACUUCUAAAUUAUUUUUCUACUCUUGAUAUCCAGUUGCGAGGUUGCCUGGAUCAAGAGACGUACGACCUCUUCCAUAAGAAGCUGACCGAACACGUACUUAUGCAGGACCCCAAGUUUCAGUGGUGCACCCACUGCUCUUUCGGUUUCAUUUACGAAUCGGAGCAGCUGGAAGCCAAAUGCCCUCAGUGCCGCAAAAGUUUCUGCGUCCAGUGCAAACGCCAGUGGGAACCCCAGCAUCAGGGCCUGAGCUGCGAAGCGUUCCUGGAUUGGAAGCGAACCAACGACCCCGAAUACCAGGCGCAGGGCCUAGCGAUGUAUCUCCAAGAGAACGGCAUCGCUUGUCCCAAAUGCAAGUUCUCGUACGCCUUGGCUCGAGGGGGAUGCAUGCACUUCCAGUGUUCCCAGUGCAGACACCAUUUCUGCAGUGGUUGUUACGGGACGUUCUACGCCUCAAACAAAUGCCCGAUACCGCACUGCCCGAUCCGGCGGUCCCUCCACGGCCAUCAUCCGCGCGACUGUCUCUUCUACCUGCGGGAUUGGGCUGUGCCACGUCUGCAGAAGCUCCUCCAGGAUAACAACAUUGCCUUUAAUACAGACCCUCCAGCGGGGACUCGGGCCACUCCCGGAGGUGGAUGUCGGGUUAUGGAGCAGAAAGAAACUCUGGACGGCUUGAAGGAUGAACCGUGCGGCAAAGAUACCCCGGCCGGAUAUGCCGGCCUUUGCGAGGCUCACUACAAGGAAUACCUAGUCAGUCUGAUCAACAGCCACGCUCUGGAUCCCGCCGUCUUCUACACCUUGCAGGAGGCAGAGAUCGUAUGCCGGAGACACCUCACCGUGGCCCAGCUGCUCCCAGGGGACACAGAGGACGAGGAAGCGUAUCGCAGGCGCCUGAUCCAGGUUCUAAGGGACGAAGUUCCUAUUGACCUGGAGAUCCCGCGGAGACGGAAGUAGACCGAGAAGAUCACCCAUACGAGAAGGGAGAAGCUGCGAGGAGCUUCCAAACGGAUGGAGAAGAAGACAUGUUGGGUUUUGAGAAUUGUCCUUUCUGGUUGAUUGUUCAUAUAGUGGGGCCUCCUGAGAUACAGUCCUAAAGCCCUCCUUGCUCUAACCACUAGGUUGCCUUUAAGGAUUGUGUUGUUCUACACCUUGUUUCUUCUGUCUUGUGUGAUACACAACCAGAGGUCUCCUCAUUGGGACCAGUUAGAAUAUGGGUGUCUGUGGCAAUUUUAAGAUUUGUGGACUUCAACUCCCAGAAUUCCCCAGCCAGAGAAUUCUGGGGGAACUCAAGAAGAGUCUCUCUCUGGGGAAUUCUGGGAGUUGAAGUCCACAACAAAUCUUAAAAGUUAACAAGAUCGGGCCUCCCUGAAAAACAAAGAAAUUUAGAGUUUGUCCUAACACUGUUCAACAAGUUUUUGAUUUUAAUCUUAAUGGAUUUGUGGGUUAGGGGAAAAAAAAAAUUUGCUGGUGUGCGGAAUGGAUGCUUUACUUCCAUUGAAAGUUCCUUGUUUUCGAUUUUAAUUCCAUUUAUUCUUUGGUUUUUAAUCCCAUUUUGUUCUUUCAGCCGGCAUGUCUCCCGGAAGUGCAUCGGUCUGAAUAAAAUUUAUUUUGUUAAAUGAGA